CGAAAUAGUAAAGCUCUUUUUAUAGGAACAAUAUGACAGACAGUGGGAACUUUACAGCCACCGACGUGGUACUUGUUCUAGGGUCCAAGGAGGAGCAGGCCCAUAACAAUCUGAUGAUGGUUAUAGCAACCCUAACCUGGCUGCUGCUAAGCUGCUUAACUCUCUUCAUUUACUGCUGCAAUUAUUGGCAAGUUUUGAGGCCCCUUUCGCGACGCAGCCGUGAGGAAACCACCGAGUCGCCUCACAGCACCCUGCUAACCGUGCAUGAUUAGCAGGGGGAAAAAAACAAAAAGAAACCUUUACAAAGGAGCCCGAGGAAAUGGCGGAAAAGGGCCAGCCGGAGCAGCAGCAGCUGUUGGAGAUCAUCCUUGGCCGGGGCCUUGACACUGGCCAUAUUGCCCCUGUACGCAGCAUCAGCAGCAGCAGCUUCCAUUUCCAUUUUCCAUUUCCGUUUCCGUUAAGUUAAUUCCACACGACAACAGAUAAACAAAAAAAACGAACAAAAAAAGACAACGGAAAA